UUUUGAUGUUCACUUGACUUUUGUAUAUGUAUUGUAUGUACUUUACGUGUAUACAAUUGUAUGUAAUUUAUGUAAUGUGUAUAUACCAUUUUGUUACUUACCGGUAACGUAUGGUAUGUAAUACCACACUUAGUAGGGCUGCUGUUGAUCUGAUGAUGUCUGUUUGUAUUUUUCAUUUGCAGAUCGAGUCUUAGUAGCGUCUCUUACAUCGUCGUCUUUUGGCUCCUGCAUACCUCCAAUAAUACACUCAUCUCCGAUCGCGUUCCCAGACUACAUACAGCCGAGCUUUACAACACAAAGAACAAAAACCGAACAUGGCCAACUCGGCCCUCAACGCCCUGCUCAUUCUGGGCCUCUUGCUGGUCGUUCUCCCCGCGCAGGUCCAUGCUUUUGGCGCUGGCAACAUCGCUUCCAUCUCCGCCGUCGAGGGCAAGAACUGGCGCCAUGGUGAUAUUGAAGAUGUGCUUAAGACCGUCGCCUUUAUUAAAGGCCAUGAGUGGACGUCGAUUAUGAUCAAGAGGGUGUAUUUUGGAAAUUGGCUGAGGGACUACUCGCAGGCUAUGGAUGUCGGCACGCUCAAGAGUCUUCCCGCGGAUACGAUUCGGAUUCUUGUUUGGAUUCUUUCGUUUAUGUCGUUUCGGUUUGCAACAGGCGAGUUUGAGGUUACAUCGGAUAGGUUGGGGGUGUAUCGCCCGGAGGAGCAUAUUGACAACCCCAAAGACUACGCCGAUAACAUGGAUGCCCGCCAGUACGACAAGCGUCUCCGUCCUCCCGUGCGCCAGGUUGAACUCGACAUUGACCCAAAGACCGGAAUGAAGAACUACAUCGCCAACGAGCGCGGCGAUUGGGAUACAAGUAGCGCCUACAUCAAGCACAGCUUGUCUCGCAGCAUUCACUACGGACGGCUCUAUACCAGUUCUGGGCGCAAGGGAAACGAGGAUGAUCUUUCUGAGGCGCUGCGCUGCAUGGGCCAGGCUCUCCAUACGUUGGAGGACUUUGGCGCACACACGAACUACUGCGAGCUUGCGCUGCGUGAGAUGGGAUUCCAUAAUGUUUUCCCGCAUACGGGUGUUCGCACUGAGAUUAACCUCCAUGGUCGUCGUGUUUUUCCGCUUGUGACUGGUACCUUUGGUAUGGUGGAUUUCUUCCACUCUGUGCUUGGAGAGGCUACCGAUCAUUUCACCCAGUCGGAGGUGAAUGAGAUGGACAUCGCGCUGGGUGAUGCGCAGACGAACUCGUCGGGUGGUUCCUUGGGUGCGUUCACGGGACUUCUGGGCAAAAUCCCUGGAACGAGGGAACUCGUCUCGGAGGCUGAGAACCUCAAGCGUCAGUCAGAUGCGCAGGAGACUUCCAACCGAAGCCGGGGGUCCCGUUCUGGUUACUCGUCCCGGGAUCUCGGAGAGACGAGCAGAUCGGAGCCAACCCAACAAUCUUCAUCUGGUGGCAGCUCCUCGGUGCUGUCAGACUUCGACCCCAACAAGACGAUCGCCCAGAUCUAUCCCAUCCUCGCAUUCCGGGACAAGGUCGUGCGCAAGCUCACCUCGAUCAUAGAGAAGAUCCCCGGCCUGGAAGCCGCAGUGGAGAAGAUUUCAGAUACGCUCACCGUCUUCGUCAUGUCCCUAUUGGCUCCGUUCGUUCGCCCGCUCAUCAGCGCCGCUUCCAACUCGCUCCAGACUGGAUCUGCAAGCGUCAUCGAUGCAUCGGGAAAGCACCAGUACGAACCCUGGACCGACCCCAUGUGUACCGACCCUACGCACUCGCUCCUCUCCAAGGACCACUUCUCCAACAUUCUCAACGAACCUGCCGGUCAUGUCGCGGCUGCGAUUGUGAAGUAUGUCGCUCCUCGUGUCUUGUACGCCUGGGAGCACCCCAACGUUUCUGAGCAGGAAGUCAUCCACGACUGUCUGAGUGUGUUCCACCACCCUGCUAUCCGGGACAUGCGCAACGAUGCUCAUCGCACCAUGUUCGAGGCUGUGGAAUCCUGGGUCAACUCCCGGAAGGACAGAGGCAGGAGCCUGAACGAUAUUCUCAGCUCCGAGGGUGUGAAGUCUGGUAAGAACAACGGCGGGCAAGUCGGUCAUUCCCACGGCUCUGGUGGCCAUUCACACGGAUCUGGUGGAUUCCCUGUUAUGGAAGGCCAGAAUUCCGGUGUUCACCACCAACAGCAGCAACACUACUCGGCACCGCAGCAGCAUCAAUCUAGCGGUGGGGGUGGUGGCUCCUCUAUGCCCUGGGACUCAAUCUCCAAACUCCCCAUCCCGGGUAUCUCGAACCUGAGCAAGUUCUCAAACUUCAUCCCGGGUGGAUCGACUAGGGAAACAAGGAACGAACCUUCGUACUCCGAGUCCAGCAGCAGCCAUCACACUCCGUCGCACAAUUCCCACGGGAAAUCGUCGUCAUAUUACGGCUCCAGCGGUGGCCACCCCAGUUCCCACAGCUCCCACAGUGCUCAUGGAGGAUACGACGGCUACAGCAGCCACUCACACAGCCACAAUUCGGGACAUAGCCAUGGCCAUGAAUACUCUCGCCACUCGCACUCCCACCAUCAGCCCAGCCACGGACAUUCGCAGGGCUACUACCAGUCCAGCCACGAUCCCUCCCAUAGCCGUCAUCAUGGUUCGGGUUAUGGCGGUGGUGGAUAUAGCGGGUAUGGAUAUUAAUCCUUUGCCGUGAAUGCUCAUUUUUUGCUUCCUACUUUCUGCUUGGUUGAUGUUGGAUGACCUGAUGAUGUCUCUUUGGGUAUUAUUUUUUUUUUUUUGGAUUUUUGGUAUUUAGUUUUGGCGAUGUAUCUGGUACAGUAAAUAGGUCGAUGAGGAUGUUAUGUUAUGAACUGGGCGGCUGAGUGAUUUACUGAUAUGUUGGCUUACUUAUGUUGGCUUUGGCCUGACGACGGCAUGAAAUGACUGGCUGGCAUGUAUACAGAUAUGAUGACCCGCAUGUUGUAUGUUAUGUAUGUAUGUAUGUAGUUGUACUUAUAGCAAGUACGAGAUAUACGAGAUAUUCGCU